AUGGGUAAAUCCUCAAAGGACAAGCGAGACGCUUACUACCGUCUCGCCAAGGAGCAAAAUUGGCGCGCGCGUUCCGCCUUCAAGCUUAUCCAAAUCGACGAACGAUUCGACCUCUUCGAGCACGAGAACCCGGACAAUGUUACCAGAGUCGUGGAUCUGUGCGCUGCACCUGGAAGUUGGAGUCAGGUGCUCAGCCGAGUACUGAUCAAAGGCGAAAGCUUCGGUCGGCGAGCAUGGCUCGAGAAAAAGCGACAAGAGCAACAAGGCCUAGAAGCCACCCAGGCGACCGAGGACAAAAUGGACUGCGACGAGCCCACAUCAAGCGCUGAAUUGAAGCCUCGGAAAAACGUCAAGAUCGUCUCCAUCGAUUUACAACCCAUGGCUCCCCUCGAAGGCAUCACAACCCUCAAAGCCGACAUUACACACCCCUCUACAAUCCCCCUUCUUCUGCGCGCCCUGGACCCAGAAGCUUACGAACAACCCGCCGUCUCUUCCGACUCUCCUGCAGCCCCAGAGGCUGUAAGGGAACCACACCCCGUCGACCUGGUCAUCUCCGACGGUGCCCCCGAUGUAACAGGUCUGCACGAUCUAGAUAUCUAUAUCCAGUCACAACUUCUGUACGCUGCACUCAAUCUGGCCAUGGGCGUGUUGCGCCCCGGCGGCAAAUUCGUCGCGAAGAUCUUCCGUGGUCGCGACGUGGAUCUCCUCUACGCCCAGCUGCGCACUGUCUUCGAGCGUGUCAGCGUCGCAAAGCCACGGAGUAGUCGUGCAAGCAGUCUGGAGGCCUUUGUUGUUUGCGAAGGCUUCAUCCCACCCAUCAGUGACAGCGGUGUUGUCGGCAUGGCUGCAUUGAAGAACCCGCUCUUCGGAGGCGCCGCGGCCCCAGUGCCAGUUUCGGCCGAUGGCAAUGUUGGCGUCGAGGUCCGUGAAGAGAUUGAUGAGCUUGCGGAUGCUCGCAAGACUGCUUCUAUCUCAACAGAUACCCCUACAUCCAAUCACACAACUGAGGUUCGUCAUCUCCAGACGACGACUUCGUCACCGGCUCAGCCGCAGAAAUUGACGAACAAGUUUGCCGUUGAGAACCGGUGGAUUCCUUCCUUCAUUGCUUGUGGUGAUCUUUCUGCUUGGGACUCUGAUGCCACUUAUACUUUGCCACCAGACUAUGUGAACUUGGACCCUAUUCAACCGCCUACUGCACCGCCGUAUCGGCAGGCACUGGAAUUGAGGAAGCUGAAAGGCGGUGCAUAUGGAAAGACCAAAUUCGGGCCUGUAUCUCAGGCUUGA